AUGGAAGACUCGCUCCUGCUCGUGCAGUCCGCUCCCCCCGGCUGCGAGGCCGCCGCGCCGCUGGUGCUGAUCCACGACGGCGGCGGCACCGCUGUCUCCUACUUCUACCUCGAGUCCCUGGACCGCACCGUCUAUGCCAUCCAGAACCCACGCUUUUAUUCGCGCGAGCCGUGGCUGGGUGGCCUGCCCGAGAUGGGCCGCGUUUACGCCUGUCUAAUUCGCCGUGUGGUAGCAUCGGGCCCCCUCAUCUUGGGAGGUUGGUCCCUUGGCGGUAUGCUUGCCCUGGAAGUCGCCAACGUUCUGACGCGGUCGUCGGAUAUUCAGGUGCUCGGAAUUGCCAUGAUCGACAGCGUCCAUCCACUGAAGGUCUCGGCCCCGUCCGCCAAUGUCGUGCCCUACCAGGUCGAGUACAGUGACUCGUCAAGAGCGGAGACCCGCGAACUCGUGGCCCACUGCAUGAACAUGGCCGUCGCCAUGGCCUCGAGCUGGGUGCUGCCCGUCUGGAAGGGGUGCCCCGACCAGCAGCUACUUCAGGACCGCAAGGAGCUAGAGGCCACCCUCUCUUCUAGAAUGCCGGCGGAAUACAGUCAGGUCUGUGACGUGACCGAAAUGGAUGUUCCAUGGCGCGACUUACCGCCCCCGCUGCCGCCGACCGUGCUGCUCCGAUGCAACGACUAUGUGCCUGUGCACCCCGCCGCCGAUAACGCCAACCCCAUUGCACGAGUCGACGUUGUGCGGGAGCAGGAAAAGCUGGGGUGGGAUGAUUAUGGAUAUGACUUCAUAUCUGUCGUGCUUGACAUUCCCGGUCAUCACUACAAUAUUUUCCACAAGGACCAUCUCGACGACGUUACGUCGCGAGUCAAACUGGCGUGUAAAAUCAUUGAGCGUGUCGUCGUCUGA